GUUUCCUUUGUCUUUUGAUUUCAUUCAGGCGCUCCACACGGACAUUGUCGGUGACACACUUAACGUCCACGACCACAGCUGUGGUCUAGCCACCUUCCUCAACACACGACGCGACACAAUCAAUGUCCAGACUGUCCAGACGUCUCUUAUUCACACACCAUACCAACAUACUCAUUCACUCACUCACACCCUCCCCUCCCGGCCUCCGAUCAGCUUCUCUAUCCUCCUUGGUGCAAUGCCCAUCCGCCGCCCCAGCUCCCUCACCUCUGCAGGCACACCUUUCCCCUCCCCCCUCUCCCCCUGCCUCUCCUGCACGUCCCUCGCCAGGGCCACCAGCGCCCCCUCCCACGCACUCCUCGUCUCCCCACUGGCCGCACUCCGCACCUCAUCCAACACAUCCUGAAACUGCUCCACUGAUGAAGAUGUCUUCAGCAAAGGCAAAGGUGAAUCGUCUUCUUCCGACUGAGAGAAGAGAGAGGGGUGGGCCGACGACGGCAUAUCGUUCUGGUUGACGAGCAGCCUGCGCCGGAUCUCCUGCCGGAGACACGCCCGGAGCCGCCGGAGGCCUCUCGGCAGGUCCAUGUCACUGCUUAUUAUGGCCGAAGAAGACGAGAGCAUACGCGCCGCGUCCAGCAGUUGCCCCACCUGGUCAAGUGGCAGGGAGUGGGGCGCCGCCUCCUUGGAGUGAAGGAUGCGGGUGAGCUGGGCGGUGAGGGCGGCGAACAGAGGCGUAGGUGGUGGGGAUGCGGCAGCGGAUGGCUGCAGAAGGAACAGGUGCGCGGCGUGGGUAAAGGCGGCCGCAUGGUGAGAGAGGGAGUGGGGCGACGGGAGGUGGUGGUGGGGGGUCGACAGCAACGCCAUGAUGUAAGUCGAGCUGACAAACAAACAAACAGACAGACAGACACACAAACAGACAGACAGACAGACACGCAUCGCGUUCGCUCCUGAUGCAUACAUAAGUCCCUGUCUGAGCAUCGACGUACCUGUAGCACUUGAUGAGCGGCUCCGCGCACUCGGGCAGGUGCAGGGCCAACACCGCCUCAGCCACCUCAUUCAGCGCACCCAACUCCCUCUCAGCCUUCACCCCACCCACACCCUCACCCUCCUCCCUGGCCCGCAAAACCUCUACGCUGUUGUCCGCCAGCAGCCGCAAGAACGGGCCCGUCCGGUAGCUCAGCCGCCGACACGCAUCAAAGAUCGCUGCCAUGCUGCCCAGACCCAAUGACAGCCUCGGUGCUGGCACUGGCUGCCGUCUUGAUGGUUCCGGUCGCUCGGGUCUCGCUGAUGACGAGACCGCCUCCUCGCAAUCGACGGUGGCCGCUUUAUGUGUCCUGAUGCGUUUGAGGGUCCGCCAGAGCUUCCUGGAGCUGCUGCGGGCGCGGAAACGUCCGCGUCUCUUCGGUGGUGAGGAUGGUGAGAUUGGGUGCAGGGGUGGGAAGAGUGGGUGCUGCUCAUAGAGGAUGGCUGAAGAGUGGUCGACGAAUGAGCCGGCAAGGGCGGAGGGGGGCAGGCGCUUGAAGGGCAGGAGGAAGAGCCGACGAAGGUCGCGCCACAGCUGGAUGAACCAGUCCGAGCUCUGAAAGACAGAGACGAACGGGUGUAUGCGGCCAGACACGCGCUGCGCUUGGUUGGCUGAUCGACCGGCCUGGCCUACCUCGAUGAUUUUCCUCUUGAGCCCCAGCUCCCUGAGCCUCUUGGCGCGCCGGUACUCAUCCCCCUUCCGCCCCUCCCUCUUCCUCCCAUCCCUCACCUCCCGCGGAUGCACGUCCAGCACCCUCCCCCUCUCACCCCCCUUCUUGUCGUCACCGAUGCCCAUGCGGCCGCCGACCGUCUCACUCCACAGCCCAGCCUCUCGCCGCCUCUGUUCCAGCAGUGCCUUUGCGUGAGGGGGGAGGGUGACUUUGGCGACGGUUGGGGCGGCGUCGGGGUCUGUGGUUGAGGGUGAGGGUGAGAGGAGUGCCCGUGCUCUCCGGCGGCUGGCGAGACGUCGCUGGGCGGGGUGGCCGCAGGGGAAGAAGAGCAUCUCAUCGUGGAACAGACGCGCCUGUGCGGCGGUGAGGGUCCUCAGCACGUGUGCCGUGCUUGGCACAAACGCCCUCGCCCUCAUGACGGUGCCGCCCCUGCUCACCCUGCCCUCCCCCAAGACCACCGCCCCGCCUGCCACACGUCUGUCCACAUCUCGACCCAUGAUUGUCACCUUGCCCCCUCCUCCGCCCACAAGGUCUCGCCGUCCAUCAGGAGGCACCAUUGGAGACCGAUCGCGGGCCUUCGGAUACACGACGAGAGAAGAAGCUUCCUCCUUGGGUGUUGUUUCGGUCAAGGGCUCGUCCUCAUCACGGCCGUCAUGAGGCAGGGCGGGGAAGGUGACAGCAGGGGGAGGGUAGGAGGUCGACGGAAGGCGGUCAAGGGUGCUGGCCACUUUGGGGGCGCUGGUGGGGUCGGCGGGCUGUUGGUUUGCGUUGGCAUCGUCGUCGCCAGUCGCGGCGAGUGACUGCUCGAUCUCCAGAAUGGCCGCCAGCUGGUCAGGCUCGAUCAGAAGCGUCGCCUCGUCCCUCUCCCUCUCUGUCUCCGCCACAAACGAUGUCCCAUCCUGCAUCUCCGUCUCAGCCUGCUGGCUGUCGCCGUCGGGAUGCUGCUGCAGCGCUCUCAUUUCCAGCCCGUUUAGGUCUAUCCUCCACUUGCCGUGUGUGGGGCGCUUUGGCACGGCCGGCUGCAUCACCGCCUGUGCAGCGGCAGACGGGAAGAACGGGAAAAGAGACACCGGCGGGGGCGCGACAGCCAUACCAGCACCAGCACCAGCGGCACCGUUUCUCCCUCUCGCCGCCCUCCCCUCCUCUCUCCUAACCCUCGGCUGGGUGAGCGAGCUCGCCUCUCUCAGGUCGUUGUCCUCUUCUCCAGCCGGGCCACUUUCGGCGGCCGCCGUUGCCAUCCUGGACGAGAGGAAUGACAGGAAGUGGUGGUCCCUCAGCCCCAGCUGCGCGCAGGCGACGUAGAAUGCGGUGACGACACCAGGGGAGAGCGUGGCGCCUGUGGCUGCUGCUUGGCGAAGGGGCGAGGGAGAGGGAGAGGGGGUGGGUGGCUGGAAGAGAGACCUGAACGGGCUGGAAUCUGCCACACACACACACACACACAGACACACACACACACACACAAACUAACUACAGAGAGAGCGCUGAGAGAGAGCGGGCUAGGUCCGUUCCUGACCUGGCCCUAGCUCUCUGGAGAGGUGGUAGAUGAGGAACUUGAAGAGGGUCUUGUGUUUGUACCGCAGCUUGGCGAACGACAACACCACCGACGACAACUGAUGCACCCACCCCACCCACACACCAGAGGCCGAUCGAUCGGUCAACUCCCCCUCUGUUUGCCAUUAGGCACCAGUCACCCACCUCUUGCGGCGUGAACUGCUCCGGGAUGGCCUGCACGGCCUUGCCCAGCUUGCUGAGCAUCGGAGGGUCGCGCCAACGAAAUUGCCGAAGCACACUGACCGAACAGACAAAGAACAGACGGCUGAUUGGUGGACUGACACAGGCAGGCAGUCAGCGACAGCUGACGUAUGUGUGUAUGUGUAUGUGGUGUGCGCACUCACAUGAGAAGGAAGGUGACCUGUCUGGGCAAAAGGCUCGCGAGAUGCUCCUCAGUGUGCUGACGCAACAGCUGAAUGGAUGGAUGGGAUGGACCAACACACACACACACACAGAGCGAUACAGCACGCACACGAGCAGGCAGACCACACCACACCCACCAUUAUCAGUGAAGUGGGCGGUGUCUGGAGGUCGGCCUGCAGGAUGACAUUGGCGCAGUACAGCAGCACAGGCGUGGACAGCCGCUGCCGGUGCCGCAACAAGUUGUUGCACACACGCUCGUACAACCACCUGCACACACACACUCAGACCAGACCAGACCAGGCACACACACACCUUCUCCCUUCCCUCACACACAUGGUUGGCUUGGCGCGUUAUCUCGUCUCGCGUCCUUACGUGUCCUGUGCGCCCAGGUCGGCAUAGACCUUGCACAGCGAGACGAGCUCAAACGGCUUGAGCCGUCCGAGCGCCACGUGGCUCUUCUCCCAGGCGUCGAAUACACACGUCCUCACCGCUCGCUGAUGGCCCUCCCGCACCGACACCUGCUCAUCCUGCCGCUGACGAUCCUGGUGCUGGUGGUGGUGGUGUCUGGUUGAGCGCAGAGGCCUGGGGGCGAGGAGAGCACUGUAGUCCGUCAGCUUGAACUCCACCUGACACACACACACGAGUGCAUGCCAUCCAUCCAUCCAUCCAUCCACAAAACACAGACACACUCUCUCUCUCUGUGUGUGUGUGGGGGGGUGGGUGGGUGUGGGUGUGGGUGUGGGUGAUGUCCGGCCUCACCAUGAAUCUGAGAAUGAAGACCCAGUCUUUUGGCCUGACGUCCUCUUCCUGCCGGUGCAGGUGGACCAGCAGCGCACUCAGAUGGCCCGGCGCGGGACAGUAGCGCAGCCGACGAAACGACUGAAGCGCCAGACACAAUGACGGCAGGGACACUGAAUCAACCACACACACACACACACGGACAUGCGCACACAACGGCCAUCGUUCUGCGUGUGGUGCACUGUGCUGUGCACUGUGCAGUGAGGGAUUCCUGGGUACGUUUCCGUAUCUCUGCGGCCCAGUAGAGGCCUUCACUGAUGGCCUUGAGCAGCAGCGGGUCAUGGUAGCCGCCCAGCGCCAUGCCAUGCAGGAGCAGACUCAACUCGUGCCCACUGAAGCGGGCCAGCGUCCGCACCAUACGCACCGACAGAUCCUGCCACACGGCCUCCUCGCGGAUGCCCGCCUUGCCUGCAGACAAGAAAGACAGCCCAUCGAUUGCCUGUCGUGUGUGUAUGUCGGUCGAUUCACACCUGACUGACCUGUGUGGAUGACCUGCAGCACGAGAUCUUUCGGAGUGCCAUACUGCCGAGCCAGGUUCACUGCCUCGUCGCGCUGCUCUCCAUGCUGCUGCUGCUGGUGCACCACGGUUGCAGCCGUCUUGACUGCAUCGAACACCGAGGUGGCCUCGUCAUAACCUGCAGCAGUGGCCGAAGUUGCGGCUGCAUGUACAUGUGGCUGCUGCUGCUGGGUUCUUGCGGCGGUGGUGCUGAUGUGGCAUCUUCUGCACCUCUUGAAGGGAGGCGGCGGCAACGGGAUCUGUAUGAGCCGGCGGGAGGAGGGGCGCAGCAGAUCCAUUGAGAUUCGAUGGUCGAUGGUCGAUGGAUGAGAUCUCUUUCUGCCGGCAUGCAAUAGACUGUCAGCUUCUCACCAGCGUGAAUGCCAG